CUGACAUUUAAAAAGAGCUGAAGGCAAUGCCUGUUUAGUGAGACUGUUUGCUGAAGGCACAAAAGGGCCAAGGAAGGACUGAUUGGGCUGGCUGAGUAUUAGUCAUCAGCUGACGUGUGUCUGGAAGCAAGAAUUUCAGAAAUGCUGGCCAGCUCCCUCCUCCCCCUUCAAAGGGUAAUGCCAGCUUGGAAGAUUUCCUAAGCGGGAGACUUCCGCUUACAGGUGCUCCUUUAUGCUGGCUUCACCUGGGAGGAGAGUCUGGGUGUGCAACGGGGUGUGAGUGGGCAUUGGUGUGCUGCAGGGUGUGACCGGGAGCUGGGGAGGAAGACCGCUUGGCUAGUCCGCUCCUAAUAAUCAACCCACCACCUGCUAAUUGGUAGAGCUCUGGUCUCCAGGGGGAAGGAGAAAAAUGACCAAUUCUCCAGAGCCCAAGACGCUGGGAAAGCAAAAUCUGACCUACUUGCAGACGUCGCAAAUCAUUGACUUAAAUGUCGGAGGGGAGAUCUUCACCACCACGCUGAACACCUUGACAAAGUAUCCAAGUUCCAAAUUGGCUGAGAUGUUUGCUGGGGUCCAGGCCAAGCCGCAAACAGAUCUGGCGGGGAGAUACUUCAUAGACCGGUCUGGGACUUAUUUUAAAUACAUCCUUGAGUAUCUGCGCAGUGAGCAAGUUCCCUCACAAAACGUUGAGGAGGUUUACAAAGAGGCCAUCUACUAUGAUAUCAAGCCUCUGAUCAAGCACCUGGAGGAGUCCCCUCAAAUCUUUGGUGAGCUGGUGGCCAGGAAGCAGUUUCUCGCCCGGGUGCCCAACUAUUCCGAAAACAUCGAGCUGAUGAUCCGAAUCGCCCGGGCGGAAGCGGUGGCCUCCCGCCAAUCCAGUGUCAUGCUAUGCGUGGUGAAGACUUCGGAGGACGCUGCCAAGUGCAGCGAUGCUCUCAACAGCUUAGAUACCUCCAAGAAAUCGGUGGUCCAGUUUGGCCCCUGGAGAGCUGCCCCAAGCAUUCUGGACCUCUUGGACUGCAUCAAGAUGGACAUAGAAGCCAGAGGUUACAAGUCUUCUUUCCAGCUUUACGUUCCCGAAAAAGGCUUUCGCUUCAAAUCCAGUGACUUCUUCUACAAAUUUUUGUUCUAUUGGUGGUAGCCCAAAGCCAGCGACUCACAAGUCUUUGAGAACAAUAAGGUCACUUUGAUAGCAUUCCUAGCACUGCUAUAUCUGGGCUACGCAA